UCAUGUUAUUUUUUAUUCUCUUCAAGAAAAUAAUUCAACCCUUAUCUCUUAUCCUCUAUAAAUCGCAUUCUUGAAACCUCAACACCACACACCCACAAACAUCAUUACCUCUCUUCUCCCACGUUGUCCUCUACCUAGCAACAUGAAAGCCCUCGCACUGUUCUUCGCACUUUCCCUCUAUCUCCUCCCCAACCCAACCCAUUCUACGCGCAACCCCAUCCGCCUUCCCACCGGCGCGUCCGGCACACCGGUGUUGGACAACGAGGGAGAACCGCUCCUGCCCGGCAGGCCUUACUUGUUACGCUCCUGGAAAUGGACCCAUGGAGGACUGAGACUUGUUAGUUUGGACGGGGCGACGACCAAAUGCCCAAGCGACGUCAUCAUAUCGAACGAAUUAGACUACGGCAGCCCCAUUAUGUUCACGCCGGCGGACCCGAACGCCGCCGUCGUCUUGGAGUGGACUCCCCAGAACAUCAAAUUCGAUAUCCCGACGACCAGGCUUUGCGUAAAUAACGUUUCUUGGGAGGUUGAGUACGACCCGAAAUCCGGGCAACGUUUCGUGAAGGCCGGUGAUGUUUUGUCGCACAAUUUCCAGAUCGAGGUGGUCGCGCCCGGGCUUAACGCUUACAAUAUCACUUAUUGUGAUUCCGCCGCCGACAACUGCUACCCCGUUGGCACACACUACGGUCCCGACCAGCAGCCGCGUUUGGCUCUCAAUACUGAUGAACCCUAUGCUAUUACGUUUAUGAAACCUCGAGUUGCGUAACGGUGUAAUUUUGUGCGUACGUAGUUGCUUGCUGCUGGCUAGGUAUGCUAAAUAAGUUACGUUGCAGCUUUCACAACCUAAGUGCAGUGUAAGAAUAAAUAUGCAAUAAAUCCUUGUUUGUUGUGUGUACUGUUGUUGUAUUGUGUGAACCUUAAAUAUCUAUGUGAAGAAAUGUGCGUAAGAUUUUUCUCA